AUGCGCAUUGUCAAGACAGCAUACGACCACAUCAGCGAAUUGAAGCAAUUCAUCCCAGAUGGCCAUGGUCAUUUUGGGAUUGGCUCUUUUAUUCUGUUCUUGUCAUGUGCAUGUCUGAUUUAUAUUGUCGUGAAGGCUAUCUCACGCCUUUACUUCCAUCCCUUGAGUGACAUACCUGGCCCUCCCCUGGCUGCUGUGAGCAGGUGGUAUGACUUUUAUUAUAAUGUCAUCCGUGAUGGUACCUACUCCAGCCAGUGGCCACGGCUGCACAAGAAGUAUAAAUCCCCGGUCAUCCGUAUCGGCGUCAAUCAUGUGCAUGUAGCGGAUGAAAGCCUUUAUCAUGAGAUAUACUGCUCUGGAACCCAAUACAACAAGGAUCCAUCAUUCUACAAGCGCCUUGGUCUUGAUGGCGCAAUCCUAACAAUUACGGAUCCGGAACAACAUCGAGCUUACCGCAAUAUCAUCAACUCGUUAUUCUCGACUAGAACAACGAACGAAAUGGGCCCAAUUAUGGCUCAAGAGGUACAAAAGGUAGCUGAAUAUAUGGCCAAGAAAGGGAAAGAGAACGAACCCAUUAUAAUCCAGCGCGUUUAUCGUUCUGUGUCGGCUGAUAUGGUCUGCGAGCUAAUGUUUGGAAAAUCUCUUAACUUGGCUGAGACCCCUGAUGCGUACCACGAUCUGAUGCAAAGUGUGGAUCGAUUCAGUGCCAUAACAUGGCCAAAAAUGCAUUUCCCUGUUAUAAACAGCGUCAUUGCAGCCUUCCCUGGCGUUCUCAUCGACACAAUUCUUCCUGGGUGGCUGGGAUAUCGAAAGAAACUUGGAGGCUGGUACGGAGAGUCCAGUGAUCGUUGUUCAAUGGGAAAAGAAAGCGACAAGCGACCUACAUUCUAUGACCUAAUUGUGAACGCCCAGUCAAAAGCGGAUGAUCUGAAAUUUGAUCGCGAUUUACUAGUCGACGACAGUCUUAACUAUAUCAUCGCAGGCAUGGAUACAACAAGCUAUACGCUCGCGUAUGCGACAUAUUAUAUCCUGACCUUGAAAGAUGUCAAGGCCAAACUCUGCGCCGAACUAGACGAGGCUGCGCCCUUCAUCCGUACAUCAAUGGACUUGCGGAAAAUCCAACAAUUGCCGUAUCUGACUGCAGUAAUCAAGGAAGCUCUCCGCCUGAGCGUUGCAGCUCCUGGAGGUCUCCCACGAUUAGUCCCUACUCAAGGCAUGGAGAUUGGAGAGACGUUUGUACCGGGAGGGACUACAGUCUCACUGUCGCACCAAGUUGUACAAAUGAGCGAGAGCAUCUUUCCUAACCCUGAUAAGUUCAUCCCUGAGAGGUGGCUGGGUAAAGAUGGCUCCAGUUUAGAGAAGUGGAAUAUCGCAUUCAGCAAAGGACCCCGUCAGUGCAUCGGUAUGAAUUUGGCGUAUCUCGAGAUGUACGCAAGUAUUGCAUACUUGUUUUCACGAUUCGAGAUGGCCUUGUUCGAGACCGAUGAAUCCAGCAUAGAGUCAUUCGAUCGAUUUGCGGCUAGAACUAAAGACCAAGUGAAAGUGAAGGUAUUAAGUGAUCGAUGGGAGGAGAAUUGA